UACAUAACCUCUAAAAAGGUUUAAUUUGUUUAACUGUAAAAUCUUAAUUAAAAACGAAAAUGUCUAACAUUAAUAUUAAAAAUUUCUACACAAAACUACCCGAAAUUGAAAACUCUAUAAAAGAUGCAAAAUUAAUAUCUGUUGAUCUAGAGUUUACUGCAUUACACCCUCUUAAAACUCCUAGUUUGUUUGAUAGUCCUAAUGAAAGGUACUCUAAAUUAAGAAUAAAUUUAGCUCAGAUAAUUCCUAUUCAAGUGGGAAUAACUACAUUUACCUUCAAUCCAAAUGAUAGGAGUUAUCAUGGAAAAAUGUAUAACUUUUAUAUUUUACCUGCAUGUUUUCCAACAAUACAGAGGAGUUUUUAUUUUCAGUCAGACACACUCAAUUUUCUAAAACUACAUAAAUUUGAUUUUAAUGAGUGGGCCAUUAAUGUGACGAAGUACGGGAGAUUCGACCAGGAUGGCAUACAUAUUUACUACGUAUUUGAAAAGUAUACGAUAAACAUUCUCAAAAUUUGUUAAAAGAAAAAUUAUUAUAAUGACAAGCCUAUUCUUUACAGGGAAAUAUUUUCAAUAAAUUACUGUGCUUUCAAAAUAGGUCAUUUCGUCCAUAUAAAUUUAGCAUAGACGACACAAUCUUGUGCAUCUAGUAAAUAUUUGUGUAUGAUAAGCAAGUGUCAAUUGUGUUUACUUUUGUAUACUUGUAAUAAAAUGUACAA